GCCCGAGCCAUGGAAAGGGGGGCAGCAGGAGACCCUCACGGGGCCCGGGGGGACCCCCCAGCAGGGACCUACUUCAUCCCACAGAGCCUCCGAUCCCUGCGAUGUCCCCAGGGAGCCGUGCCGGUGUCCCAGCAGCCCGUGAUGAUCCUCCAGCAGCUUCCAGGGCCCGGGGCUGUCCUGGCCCCCCCCGCGGGACCCCCGCCCGUCCGGGGAGAUUUAAUCGAGUUGAUGAUGAUUCAAAACUCCCAGAUGCACCAGGUGCUGAUGAACAGCCUGGCUGUGUCGGCACUGACGUCCUUCGGCUUUGGCCCAUCCCCAGCCACUGCUCAGGCGCUGGCGAUGCCUUUGCAGACCGAGGAGGAGGAGGAGGAGGAGGAGGCUGUGGUUUUCCACCAUCACUACAUCCCCUACCCGGGUCCUGUUCCCAUCCUGCCGUGGCUGGACCCGGAGCGGGAUCGGGGUCCGGGGGCUGUGCGGUUCCUGGGCUCGUUGGCUGAGGAUGAGGUCAGUGUGGUGCCCCCUCCUCCACCCCCCAGUGCCACCGGGACCGUGGGGCCCAACGUCCCACCGGCAUCAGAGUACUACAGCGUGCUGGAGGAGAGGCUGUGA